GGAUAGUCUGUUGAUUUGAAAGAUAGCUUUAGUUGUUCAACUGAAGGAUAACACCUCAAAAACAAAUACGCGCCAUGCUGCUUCAGAGGAAGAUAUGUACCAUGUAAUGAAAUCAUAGCAGUGUCUUAUCUCAUCAGAAUCUGCCGGAGGGUUUCUCGGAUAUUAUUGUACGACUUCCUUUGGCCUUUACCCCCAUUACGUUACCUCUGUACGACAGAAAGGUGAGCCUACGGAUAAUUGAACCUCAGUUGAAAAAUACGUAGGUUGGCCCAAAAAAAAGGCGCAAAAAUGGAGAGAAAUGAAAAGAAAGAAUCUUUAUCCCCCCGUUUAUCGCAGACACAACUUCAACUCCCCUCUGAAUUCGGAAUUCUCGAAUUAGCCUUCUUUAGCUGCGCUGUCGUCAAUUUUAUUCAGAUAAAAGAGAGAAAUCACCUACCACAAACCGGGGAAGGAAGAAAAAACAUGAAGUUACAGCCAGACAGAAAGGGCUCAGUGUUUAAGGCAAGGAAGAGGGACAAGAAAGGUUUAAAGCAUCUAGCUUCUAUAAACAGCAAAGUUGCGCGGACGGUCGUCUCUGAAGUACAAUAAUUAGAAGCAGAGGAGGCUGAUCAAUCCUUUAGAGCAGUGACAACGAUGAGGAGGAGGAUUUUGCCCAGUCGCUUUCUGGAGGAUUUUGUGGCCCGCAUUUUUUAUGGAACUUGUUUUUACCAAAGGGGCAUGCGCAUUCCUACUCUGUUGUUGGCUCUUCACUUCAGGAGUAUACUCGGUGGAAGGGUUGCAUGGGGAUUCCAAAGUUAGAGGUGUGAAUUUAGGAGGGUGGCUGGUUAUUGAAGGUUGGAUUAAGCCUUCAUUGUUCGAUGGCAUUGCCAAUGAAGACAUGAUUGAUGGAACGCAGAUACAACUCAAGUCAGUGACCUUGCAGAAGUAUGUAUCUGCUGAGAAUGGGGGUGGCAUGAAUGUUUCAGUUGACAGAGACGUCCCAUCUUCAUGGGAAACCUUUACGUUGUGGAGGUUGUCAGAAUCUGAAUUUCAAUUUCGCACCUCCCUAGGCCAAUUUUUAACAUGCAAUGGUGACGGGUGCUCUGUGUCUGCAACAGCAAAAUUACCUUCAACAUCGGAAUCAUUUUCCAUUGAACGGAAAGAGUAUAAUAGGGUUCAUAUUAAAACUAAGAAUGGGGCCUAUCUGCAGGCUACAACAGAUGGUCAGCUUACAGCAGACUAUCCACAUGUGCCAGGAUGGGAUGAUAAUGAUGCCACAUUUGAAAUGACAAUUGUAGCAAAUCUUAUACAUGGAGAUUACCAGCUAGCAAAUGGAUAUGGUCAUGACCGUGCGAAAGAGGUUCUCAAGAGACAUAGAAAUAGCUUUAUCACCAUAGAGGAUUUCAACUUUCUGCAUAGACAUGGAAUCAAUACUGUGAGGAUUCCAGUUGGUUGGUGGAUUGCUUUUGAUCCUGAUCCUCCAGCUCCGUUUAUUGGAGGAAGUCUUGAAGCUUUGGACAAUGCAUUUUCAUGGGCGCAAGAGUAUGACAUAAAGUGCAUAAUUGACCUGCAUGCUGCUCCUGGUUCCCAAAAUGGGAUGGAACACAGUGCAAGCAGAGAUGGAUUUACGGGCUGGCCCACAGAUCCAGAUUACAUUACGGAGACAUUACAUGUUAUAGAUUUUUUAGUUUCCAGAUAUGCCAGACAUCCUGCUUUGCUGGGAAUUGAGCUUUUGAAUGAGCCAUCAGCUGCCACUGUUCCAUUGGAUAUUUUAGUUUCAUAUUACAAACAAGGCUACCAAAUUGUUCGGAAAUAUUCAUCAUCAGCUUAUGUAAUAGUUUGCCAAAGAAUUGGCAAUGCUGAUCCUAUGGAACUUUAUCAAGCUGACAUAGGCCCUCACAACGUGGUUGUGGAUUUGCAUUUCUACAAUCUCUUCGACAAUUUUUUUGUUAACAUGAGUGCCGAAGAUAAUAUCCAAUUCAUAUACAAAAGCAGGGAAGCUCAACUGCAGGCUUUGAACAAUGGGAGUGGCCCUCUUGUUUAUGUCGGAGAAUGGGUUAAUGAGUGGAACUUGACGAACGGAUCUCAAAAGGAUUACCAAAAUUUUGGAAAGGCACAGUUAGAAGCAUAUAACGCAGCUUCCUUUGGAUGGUCUUAUUGGACACUAAAAAACGACAGGAAGCAUUGGGAUUUUGAGUGGAGCGUGAAGAACAACUAUCUUCAAUUCGGUAACUCGCCCAGCGUACAGAAUUUCAACAGCCUAGGAUUUUUAGGAUUGGCGUGUGCAUGGUUUUGUUUUCUUCCUUAUUUAUGACUGGUCGAGCCUGAGUUCUGCACAAUCUAUAUCUUCGAGGCAUGGAUUGAUGCUGCUCUUUCCGGCGGAUUUUUUUUCCCUUUUUUUUUUUUUUGGAAGUCGCCAUCAUAUUGUCUAAAAAAGAAGCGAAAAGGCAAAUUUUUCUACCUGUAGUAUCAUCUCAUGCAAAUAUAGUCUGUACUCCCCUGAUUCAUGAAAUCGCCUUUCAUUAAUCAAUAUGUGAAGUUUCUUCA